AAAAUCAAAUCGCUGUAGUAUCAAUAAACGAAUCCGGAUUAGCUAUGCUAUAUUGACUCGACAUUGAAUUAGAAGUGGGAGAAAUUCAUGUAUAUAAGCUUAUUUCGCGACAGCUUAGACAUCAGUCGCACAUCUGCAACCGAACACAACCUAUCAAAAUGAAAUCCAUGAUCAUUGUCGCCCUCGCCCUCGUGGCCGUCGCCGCCGCUAUCCCCGUCGACGAGCCCCCCAAGAUCCUGCGCUCUAAUUUCGACCAGCAGCCCGAGGGAGGCUACGCGUUUGGAUUUGAGACCGAGAACGGUAUCGCCCGCCAGGAAGAAGGUCAGGUGAAGCAAGUUGUUGACGAGGAGAACAAGCCCCAGUCCGUCGUUGUUGUCCGCGGUUCUUACUCCUACACCGACGUCGACGGCAAACCUGAGACCAUUAACUACUUCGCUGACGAGACCGGAUACCACGCGGAAGGAGACUCCAUCCCCAAGGUCCCCGUUGCCAGGAGAUAAGCUGCUACUGACUUCCCAUCGAUCUUAAACAUACUUCGAUAGCUUUAUUGACAAUGAUCCAUUGUGCCUAAUGACUUUGUUAUCGUUUAAGUUUACCAGUCAGACAGGAGCGCGCGGUGGCAUUACUGCUACCCUUACUUCUUAACGUUCCUUGUUAUUUAAUUCUGUUACCUGUUGAGUUUUAUUUUAAUGUGAUCGCAAUGUAAAUAAAUGAAAAUGAGAAGACUAAAA